GAUCCGCAUGGAUGGAAGUUAGGGACUAUGCGGUUUCUAUUGGAUUGAUUACAUGCGAGAAAGACUACACCUACGUGCGUGAUGCUACUUGGCCUAAUAUUCGGAACCGAACAAUGAUCAAACUUGAUAACGCAAAAAAAACUGGAUCAGAUGGCGGCCCCGAUUCGAAACUUGAUGACACCGACAAGCUAGUAAUUGAAAUAAUUGGAAAAAACUCUCCAGUUAUAGAAGGAAUCGGGGUCGCGGAUUCAAUGGAGGAAGAGGUUGUAACCCAAACUCUACCGACUAAUACUGAGACAUUACCUGAUGUAACAGAGAUAAAAGAGGAUGUGGGAAAUACAUUUGAAGAUGUCGUAAGCCCACCGCUGAAGUCCCAAAAGUUAACAAGAGGAUGUCUUAAGAGAAAAAUCAUUGUCCAAAAUUCCAAUGAAACAAAAUACCUCGAGGACCUCAAGAGAAAAAAACUUGAACUAGAAGUCCGAAAAUUGGAGUUGGAAGUGUGGGAUAAAGAAAGGUCACUUAAUGUAAGUCACUGUAACCUUACAAGCCAUAUUGAAGAGCAAAAGGACACACAAAAUAUUACUGAAUAUAUUUUAAAUGAAGAAGGUGAUGUAAUCGGUAUUAAUGAAAAACUAUGACUGAUUUAAAAAAAAUUGUUAUCUAUCUAAAUAAAAAAGGUAAAUAAAGAACAAUUUUGCAUUUA